AGUGCCCGCACCCCGCUGGUGCGGUGUGUGAGUGUGAGUGUGUGUGCGAUUGUGCGGUGGCCGCGCUGAUGACCGAAGCAGUUAUUUGUUUGCACAUUUCCUGAGGAGACCCCUCCGGUGAACGACCCGACAACUUCUAAGAACACCAGCUGACAUGCGUGCCGCGUGGCGUUGUGCGUGCCGUGGAACUGAAUGAUUACGUUGCGUCUACCACCUAACGACCGUUGAUGAUUAUACGUGAUGCAAUCAAUACUACACUACACCGAAUACCUUGGAUGACGUUCUGCGCGUGGCGCUUGCCGGUUGCUGGUUGCUGGUUGCUGGUUGCUGGUUGCGCGCGUGGUGUGUGCGCUGCACCUUCCGGGCAGGAUGACGCCGUGACUGCGGUGGCGCUGUGUCCAAUCGGUGGUGCGAGACGCCGUGGCGAGCUGCCUGUGUGUGUUGUGUUCUGUGUGCUGUGUGCGGAGUGCGUGUGUGAUGAUGUACAGAGUCUGCGAAACACGCAGGUCGCGGAGCCCCGGCUGUGCGCGCCAAUUGAACUGCUGUAUUUCUUGGGUGAACAAUCUCUGAUGUGCCUCCUGCGUGGCUGCUGCCGUUGCUCGUUGGACCUGUGGUAUGCGCUGUGCGGGGACGCUGAUGCAGACAAAUCAAUACUCACUCCUAUGCGGAGCUGCACUGCGCUGCUGCCCGCUGUGCGGACGCGAAGAUAA